AUGUUGUUAAAUACAUUAAAGUGGGCUGGACUAGCUGUUAUCACAUCUUACCUAGUGACAAGUAGCAAACGUCAGACAACAUUAGGCUCAUUGGCCGAUGGUCCUCCUGGCCCCUUUCUGCCUGAUUUCUAUCCCAAUGGCACCGAUUUGGAAUUACCUCAGGGCACAAUGAGAUAUUGGAAGUUUGGUAAUGAGGAUGGAAACCGCGUCGUAUUGAUUCAUGGUAUCUCAACUGGUUCUGCUAUCUAUGAUAAACUCGCUCGGGAUUUGGCUGACAAUGGACAUCAUGUUCUUGUGUACGACCUUUGGGGUCGUGGUUAUUCGCAAGCGCCUGCAGCCAAAUAUGACGAAGCGCUAUAUACAUCACAGCUUGCCAUGCUCUUACAAAAAGUUGGAUGGGAUAGAGCCGAUGUCAUUGGUACCAGUUUGGGAGGUGGAAUAGCCAGCAGUUUCACAUCAUUUUACCCAGAAAUGGUGAAUAAACUAGUCUUGCUAGCUCCAGCGGGCCUAUUUAAAGUCGAGGACAUGCCAAUGAUUUCAAAAGUUGUCAAACUGCCGUUUGUUCAUGAUUUUAUCGUGAAUCAACCCUAUGUUCGUCCCCUGAUAGUGGCUGCAAUACAGCGAUUUGCUAAAUCGACUCGACUGGCUCAAACUGGUUUGGAUCAAGAUACCGAAGCAACAAUUGCAAAGAUCACUGACAUUGCCACCUACCAAUUUGCGCAUCAUCCUGGCUUUUUCAGAGCUUUCUUGGGUACUGUAGUUGACUUUUCCUUUACAGGUUUAGCCAAGAGAUACCAGAAGAUUGGACAGCUAAAGAAUAAACCCGUUCUGAUAAUUUGGGGUGAUAAAGACACGACUGUCCCAUUCUAUCAUAGCGAAGAGGCACAAAAACUCAUUCCUCAAGCGAAAUUAGUAGUUUUGAAGGACCAGGGGCACGAUGCGGUGAUCACGAAAUGGAAAUCUGUCAAUGAGGAAAUUGAGAACUUCCUGAUGGUGUAA